UUGUUUCACUCAAUCUUUCUCAUCACUUCAUUAACAACUAGCCAUGAACACCCUUGUCCGCAGCGCCACAACAAGUCUUAGCCGGCGAUUAAACGGUUAUGAGGCGUUGGAUCAUUACUACGAUGCUUUCAACAGGCCAGAAAAUCUUGGCGGGCGAACGCCAGCUUCCAAGCCUAGAAAUGUGCAUGCGUCGACAACUCAUCCAGCUGGGAUGGCUUCUUUAGGAUAUAGGAUUGCUAAAGCUAAGCAAAGACAGAUAUUUCUACAGUCUUACAAGCUAGCGUCGAGAAGCAAAUUGAGACGAUCAAGAUCAGGGAAGCUUAAGAAGGUGGUGGUUAAGGUGAGGACAAUUGUGGUGUCGUUGGUAUCUUUUCUGAGACUUGGGACUUCGAGAUCGUGCAGUUCUAGAUCAGCAAUCUCAAUCUCUAUAUCCUCUCCCAUUAGAUUUGGAAAAUGUUGUUAAUUAUUUCUGAAAAUGUUAGUUAAUUAUUUCUGAUGUUCUGAGAUUUAGAAA